GCUAAUAAGAACUUCUAAGUUCCAUCCUACAUAUAGGCCCACUGGAGACAACGGUGACGGGCUAACACGAACUUCCAUCCCACAUACAGGCCCACUAGAGACAUAUGGGCCCAGAACCACGACCGCUACCUUCUCUACGACAUCGUUUUAAUCAUCACACAUGAUCAAAUCACUAACCGCCACAACGGCUAGUUCCUCUUGAAGUGACCGUUCCUAAUCCCCUCGCAAAUUCAAACUUCCUGAAGUGCGCCUCAACCCAACUCCAACAAACGAUCCCCGCCUCCCCGGUCAUUUCCAUCCUCCAAGAGCUCAACACGAUAAGAACUUAGCCAGUUAGCAGCUCUGGUGAUCCCAAUCAGAUCUUCUUCUUCAUCGUCGUCAUAAAAAAUGGCCUAUAACUACACGCCAGCUUACUACUCCACGCUCCACGACUCCAUAACUUCCCUCUGCAAGACCAUCCUCCCUUUCUCCUUCAGGAAGCGCGGCCGGCUCGCCGCGGCGGAGCACCGAAUCAACAAGAUCCAGUCCGAAAACCUCAAAUGGCAGCAGGACUCGUUCCACCAGAUCCUCAAUCUGACGGGACUCCAUAAAGCAGGGAUCUUGGAGCAGCACGAGGUCUGGGCGUUCCGAUCCCACUUGCUCGAGACGCUCAUCGCUUCUCCGACGGAGCACGAGCACGCCGCCGUCCUGCGGGACAAAUUGCUCUUCCUCCAGGAGUUGCUGUAUGCGAAAUGUAUAACGGAGGAAGAGUACCAUUCGUCGAAGGGGCCAUUGAUGCAGAUAAUGGCGGUCCAAGGUGCAGAAAUCGAGCCGAGGGAUGUGGUCGUAGGCGGGAAACAGAGCGAAGUGGAUGGAAACAGAGAUGAAGAAUGGUCAGUGAUUGAUUUGAGAGACGAGAAACGUGAGUCUACUCCGCAAUCCAAGCGAAAAUCAAAGGAGCAGAGCUCACCUGAGUUGAAGCAGAUCAAAGGGGCGGGUUCUUCUCUGUUCGGAUUUAACAAGCAGAGUAAUAGGAGGCAGAGCAUAUUCGAGAUCGAGGCUAAACGGCCGUCCUGUGGACAACAUAAUAACAACAGCGGAGAAAUGUACGAGAGCCCAAUUGUGAAUGGUGGUAACUCAGUGAAGGGGAGCGAAACAAAGUCGAUUCUGAUGCAAGCAAGCGGAAAGACAGCUGCAUCUCCGAGGAAGGAGAAUGGGAGUGGCGAGAAGGUGAAGAGGAAGCCAUUCAGGACUCUGUUUGAUAAAGAGCAGAGUAGCGAGAAAUCUGCGAAGAAGAAGCAAUGGUGGAAGAGGAAUGAUUCGGAGGACGAGACAGCUCCUCUGCCACUGAACAUUGGAAGAGCAGGAGAUUGUGAAGAUGACUAUGGAAACCUUGUUACAAGCCCGAUCGGAGAAGGCCCUGAUACGAAACAGAUCAAAAGGAAGCUUCACUCCGAUGGAACCCCUUCGGAUUUCUUCAUUGACAAAGUUUUAGGGAAUAACAUAAAGAAAGAGCUGUUGAGGAUUCAAACUGAGCUCUCCACCACCAAUCCAACUCUGAAACUCUCGGAUGACCAAAUGGAAACAAUCUCCACUAAGCUUCCUGUUGACAAAGCUGACCUCGAGAACUUAUUUCCCAAGUCAUGGUGCGACCAAUAUGGCGAUGUGGUGAAGAAAGAGUUCAAAGAUCAUGUGGGGAAGAGCCAUCAUGGGAUUGAGAAGCCACAAUCGUUAUCAACUUCCUUCCAGAAUCCGUUCUGGAACGGCUCUUCUCUGUUUCAUUAG